UCCGACCUUCGGCUUAUCCGCUAAAUUGUUGCUAAAAAGUUUUCUUGAAAAUGGAGAGCUCCCCCAAAUCCAGGCGGUCUUCCUCCAGGCAGCAGCAGCAGUGCCACGACGAUGACAACGAUCGUCGGCAGCAGCUCGGGCCGGCAACGAUGAUUUAGCUCCUGCGUACACCAGUACGGCGUUUCCUUUUCUCCGGCAAGAAAGCGGUCUGGCGAUCCCGGCGUGAGACUCGGGAGUAUUUCUCCUCUGAAGACGACACUCUCUCUUCCUUUUUUUAUGGGUUACAUACACUCCCGAUGUUAAAAUCCGCUUAAGUGGACAAGAUGAUGAGGUUUCCGUCAUUUAAUAUUCAACUUUCCUACCGGUUUGGUGUUCGAGACAUCUUUGGAGAGACCUUUGUCAUAGAUACUAACUCAGUUGGAGAAAGAUCACAAAUAAUGUGCGACUUGAAAAGUGGAAGUGUGUGAACCACAAUUCGAAGAAGAAAAUGAUUACGAUACCUUUGAGUCUCAAGAAGUUUUACUCAUAAAUGCCCUGGAAAAUGAUAAACCUGAAGCCAAGGCUUUUGAUGGGUUGAAGCAGGAGGAGAAAAGGAAAGUUGGUAACCACUAAGUGCUUUCUAAGAAAUCAGCAUUGAAAUCAUCAAAACUAGCUGUAGAAUAUCAUGAUCCCGAUGAUAGUGAUGACUCUUUUGAUGAUGAUGAUUUUGGCAGUGAGGAUCAAAUUUUGAUGAAAGGAUGGAAGUUAUUGCCUCAAAUGAUGAAGCUGAAUCCGAGGAAGGUUAUUCAGAUGAAGAAUUAUUACUAGAAGUAACUUUGAGUAAUGGACAUAUAACUUCCCGUCAUAUUAAAAUUGAAUGAUUAUAAAAUGCAAAUCACUUUAAUUAUAUUAUGAUUUUUUAUAUUUUCUUUUCAAGCUGCCUUAAUAUUUUCCAGAUAUAUAUACUAGGGCUCCCAAACUCCUCUUAUGUCUCUUUAUUAUUUAAGUAUAUACUUUCACACCAAUAAUGUUCAUAUCUCAUCAGUCACUUAAUCAUUUUUCAUAGUGUUUAUUGUAACACCAGCUAAUUCAUAAAAAAUGAACAUUAUACUUGUGUUGAAAACAUUUUACAAAAUUCAUAAAAAAUGAGUGUUGGGCAUAUAAUAUUCGCGCAACGCGCGAUCAAUUUACUAGUUAAUCAUAUAAACUUUAAAUAUGGAGCGUAAUUUUUCAUAUUUCAGCCAACAUGAUAUUAAUAAAUUAAGGAUGUUUUCUUUUGGACUGAAAUUUGCUGGUCUGGUCUGGUCUGUUUAAGUCUGGUCUGGUCUGGUCUGUUUAAGUCUGGUCUGGUCUGGUCUGGUCUGAACUGGUCUGGUCUGGUCUGGUAAACGUCUGGUCUCUGUGUAUUUUAUAACUACGGAAGUCUGGUCUGGUCUGGUCUGUUUAAGUCUGGUCUGGUCUGGUCUGGUCUGGUCUGGUCUGUUUAAGUCUGGUCUGGUCUGGUCUGGUCUGUUUAAGUCUGGUCUGGUCUGGUCUGGGACUGAAAACAGUCCAAAAGAAAACAUCCUAAGUGUGUAAAUAGUUAACUAAGACCAGAAUUACUAUGUGACCGGUUUUGUCUGGAUUGGAAUUAGAAUAAUGCUAAAUUUUGAAAAUUACCUGUAAGAUUUCCGCGUAUGAAAAUUAGCAAACAGAAUAAGACUCAUUAUAUUUGAUCUGAGUCAGUUUUUGGUAGCCUGGUUCGGUCUAAAUAUUGUAGGGCCAGUUAAAGCCUAAACGAUAAAUCGUCACAAAUACAAAUCAUGAUUUAUGAUUUAUUAUAUUUUAGCACAAACAAUUGUCUCCAAAAUCACUACAAAUUCAAAUAACAUUUAGUGAGUUCGUAUUCGGUUCGAUCCGUAUUCGGUUCGGUCCAAUUAAUUUUGUGUUUAAGAUACAUAUAAAUAAAUAAUGUUACCAUAUUAUAUUGAAUUUAUAUUAAAGGUAAUCAUUUGUAGUUAUGACCAUUCAGGUCUAUAUUAUAGAUUUUAGGGACCGUUAGUGAGUUCGUAUUCGGUUGGGUCUGGAUAUUUUUGACCGGGCCAUAGAAAAGAAAGUAACCCAGACUGGUGACAUCAUAUAUAGAGUUUGUUUACGAGUUCCCAUCGGGUUUGGUUUUUACAACCCCUUGUUACAAUUAUGGCUGAAUUUUCUAAAAGUUUUAAUAUUAACUUUUGAAAUUUUUCCUACACUAUUUCUAAUAAAAAAGUCAUGGACAAUAUAUGAUUUAGUAGCUAUUAGUGAUUGUAAUUUUAUUCGAUCAAUAUUUAUAUGAUAGUCAUUACAUAUAAAGUUAAAAAAUAUUUGUCCUACACGUGAAAGUUAUAAAACAAUAAAACAUUAUAUAAGAUUCUGGACUACUCCUUCUAUCAGGUUGAUCGUUUAGGAUGGAAUCUCGGAUUUUUAACAUGUAGUCACGAUGAUAAAAAAUUUAAACACGGUUAUAAUCACCAAUGAUGCUUUUGCUUGAAUUGUUUUCAGUCUCAGACCAGUCCAGACCAAACCAAAUCAAAUUAGACUAAACCAGAUCAGGCCAAACUUAGACAUUUAUAAAAUACAUAGAGAUUACAGGACCCUUUCUCUCCAGAACAUGCUUUGGAAUUUGACAGAUUUCCAGAAAACAACAACGUCGAAUGGAAUCAGUUUUUUGGAGGACCAUAUAGUUGCCGUUCACGUUAUAAUUGUAUUAAUAUUGCCAGAAACGAAAAUGGGUGCUUCUCACAGGAACUUGAACUUCAAAAUCGGAUAAAGAAUGGGAAUCCAAGAGAUAGGCAAGAAGUUCUUGAUGGGGUUAUUAGUUCCAUAUUUGAGGUGAUGAUAGAUCCACAUGGCCACCAUCUCUUCCUAACUCUCGAGUUUUGUGAUUCUAGUCAGUUCGACACCAUCUUCGUCACCCUGAUAUCAUCCAAGGAGUUGUUUAUCAACACAUCUCUUGUGCAAUACGGGUCAAGUGCAGUUCAAAGAUUUAUCAAGAGACUUAAAAACACAGGGUUGGGGCAAUUCGUUGCAAUCAUCCUUUCCAGGAGAUUUGUCGAGUUGAUGACUAGCGAGCACGGUAGAUUUGUAGUUCACCUUUCGAGGCUAAAGAAAACGAGGUUCUAUUUGCUUGUGCAAUCUCUUCCUUGAAAGAGGUGGCAACAACACAAUACGGAUGUUCAUCCUUGAAUGUUUGCUUGAGUUGUAUUAGUGGUGUCCAAAGACAACUAAUGCUCAAAAGUAUUGCAGAAAAGUCUGCCUUCUUAGCCAAUGAUCCGUAUGGGAAUUACGUUGUCCAGGAAGUUCUAAUGCUUAGAAACGAUGAAAUCACACAAAAAACAUGUGACCACCUCAAGAGGGAUUACCUACGCUUAGCUUUUAAAAGAAGUGGAAGUCGUGUUGUCUAAAAAUGCAUACUAGCUUCAGAGUAUGGACUGGAUUCGGUAGUCGAGGGCCUUCUUAGCAGUGAAAAGAGCUUAGUGCUACUUGCCCGUGAUCGGUUUGGAAAUUAUGUUAUCCAAAUAGCUCUUCGGACCACAAAGGCAAUUAAUAUCAAGCAUUAUGAAUCUCUUGCUACUGUCCUUAUGGCGCAACGCUCGGCUCUUUCUCAUACCAAACUUGGGAAACAUAUAUUGAAUCAAGUAGAAGAUUUGUAAAACAAUGUGGAAAAUGUCUGAUCUGAUUUUUUAAUCAGUUCAUACUUAUUGAAAUGCAAGCCUGAAACUCAGUUUGGAAAGUAAUAUUAUUAAUAUUAUUCGAAUAUUAAGUAGUUUAGUUUUAUUAGUUUAAAUAUGCACCUUUGUGCAUGCGUUAUGGAGAUGAGUGAAAUAAAUAGCUUCUUCUAAUGACUUUUUAUCUUCUUUCAAUACAUUCCUUUUACAUAU